AUGCCUACUCAAAUCGACAAGGACUAUCUACGAAGUUUCCAAAAUUACUUAAUGCAAUGCAAUAAUAUAAUUGUUUUGGUUGGGGCAGGGCUUUCGGCAGCAUCUGGAGUUCAGACUUACCAGAACUCUUCUGGUUACUGGAAAGAUUUCCAUUCGAUUGACAUAUCCACCCCAGAUGCAUUUUUAGAUAAUCCCGGUCUUGUAUGGCAAUUUUAUUCAUGGAGGCGUCACAGAGCUUUGAAAGCAAAGCCAAAUAAAGGACAUUAUGCGAUUGCGGCGUUAUCAGAGAAAUUCAACAGUGCUAAUAAUAAUGAAAGGAAAAGGAAAAAUAAUAAACAGUGCCUAACAAUAAAUCAAAAUGUUGAUGGAUUGAAUCUAAGGGCGGGCCAUGAUAAGGCAAAUUUGUUAGAAUUGCACGGAAAUCUUUUUGAUUUGAGAUGCACCGAUUUUUUCUGCAGUUACAGAGAGUCAAAUAACUUUGAGCAUCCAUUAACACAGGCCUUGGGAUUAGUGGACGAUGAAAGUGAUAAGGGUGAUGAUACAUAUGAAGAGCAUAAUAGAAACAAGAAAAGAAGAUUAGAUAGGGAAAAGGGUAAAGUGAAUACCAAUCUUUCAAAAGAAGACUUGCCUGCAUGCCCCCGGUGUGGUGGUUUAUUGAGACCUGGGGUCGUUUGGUUUGGUGAGUCAAUUCCAUUGAAAGCCAUUAAUACAAUUGAUGACUUUUUCGUGAGCAACAAGAUAGAUUUGAUCUUGGUUGUUGGUACUAGUGGUAAAAUGUGGCCUGCGAUAGGGUACGUUGAAAGAGUACGAUUACAGGGAGGCAAAAUUGCGAUCUUCAACACAGAAGUGAAUUCCGAUGAGAUUUCCAAUGAUAAAGACUGUUGGGGUUUUGAAGGAGAUGCCUCAGAGACGUUAGGAAUUGCUUUAGAGCCAGUGAUUGGGAGAAAUUACGUUCCAAGAAAUUAUCGGAAAAGAUAA